AUGUUCCUGCCAGGUGAAAAGGGAUUCUUUGUGAAAGACUUUGCCAAAAUAAAGCUGCCUGACACCAUUCAGCUAAAGGUCCGUCUUCGAAUGACCGCUGUCCACUCGCCUGCCGUCCACCGGAGCAGUUGCCCGCCGAAGCGUGGUGCUGACCCGGUCGCGUCGACGUCUGCUAUGUUUGGCGUCGUCACCUGGUCACCUGGUGUGUAG